AUGGCUACCAGUUCGAACCUUUAUACAAAAAGGUUUCUAAGUACUACAUCUUGUCAGUGUAUCGGAGAUGAAGAUUUUGUUCUAAUCGUUUGGCCUAAAGAAAAUAACUAUUCGAUUUUAAAAAAAUCCAAAUGUCCAAAAGAAGAUGAAAAUUGUAUGAUCAAAUAUAAAGAAAGAAAUACAGUUCAUACUGGAUUUAUAUUUCGAGAAGGAAAAAAAGAUGAAAUCGAAAGUGCUGCAAAGUCGUUAAAUAAAGCAUUGAAUACUGAUGUGGAAUCAGAUUUUGAAGUACAAGGAUCACAACAAAUUUCAAAGAAAACAUUGCUAUUAGCAGCGAAACCCGAUGCAAUUGCAAAUUUAGCAGUUAGUGGUAGUGGCAGUUACGUAACUGGAAGUGAAGCAAAGACUGUAUCUAGUCUAAAAGAUAUUUCAUUCACUCGUAAACAAAAUUCAGGGUACAAUGCCUCUACAAGUUCGCUCACAAUAGAUAAACAUGGUGAUAAAGAAGACAGAAGAAAUCAACCAUCAACUUCCACUACAGAAAGUACAUUGGAUGAACUUGAUGCGAUCAUGCAAGAGCCUUCAACUUCAAAGAAUAACCGUCAAAGUGAUAGUAAAUUGGAGUCCGAAUUUAGUGACAAAGAUGAUGGUGAAGAAUUGGAUUUGCAAAAGACAAAAUCUGGUGGGAAGCAGAAACGUAACACAUCGUCUGGUGGUGAAAGAAAACGUUUAAAACCAAUUCGAACAGCUACUCGAACUACAACAAUAAAUCUUUCACCGUCUCGUCCAGCUUUAGCUGGCAAGCCAAUUCUUCCAGGUGAAUCCGUUAAUGAACAAAUAUUGAAGAAAAUUCAUUUAGCGACAUCGGAAUCUAAUAACGAUAUACAGAGAAAACUAAAUCAAAUUUUGGUAUCAUUGAAAAAACAUGACAAAAUGUUUGAAAUGUUAUUUAAAAAUCAAAGUAAAAUACAGAAGUCGUUUAGUCAUCGUCAUGUUCAUAUUCCCUUACAAGUGCCAGAACGAGAAGAAGAAGAAGUCAGACAAGAUAAUUCUGAAGAAUCAUUUGAAAGUGUUCUUGUAUACGAACGAGAGGAUGAAAGCAUUAAUUUAUUAUCCUUGGAAGCGGAUAUUAAUUACUUAAACUUAUUCGUAACGUUGUUGAUGGAUGUUAUAUAUAAAAAUGCAGAUGAAGUUAUUAAUUUGGAUCCAAGUACAAUUGCUCAAGAUCAAGGUUAUCAACUUAUAAAAGGCAACUUUGAGCUGACAAUGAACAUUUAG